AUGUCUGCCUAUACGCAGUCUAUUCCUUCUCCGUCAUGGCCGUCCGACGCUGAUUUCCCGUCCGACGACGAGCUUUGGAACUACUCAGACGAUGGGUCCGAGCAUGAUCCGUUGGAUCCGAUCUGGCCAGGCCUCGAGGCCCUCAUCGCUAUUCAUGAGCCCCCGGCUCUCAACGAUGACGACGACCACACAUCUUAUUAUGACCCUAGCUCUGACCACGUCGUCGACGAUGGUGACGAUGUCACUGGUGAUGAGGAGGGCGAGGAGGAGGAAGAGCAUGGAGAGGGCGAUGUCGAGCAGGACACACAUGAGCCUUUCGACGUCGAGAGUGGAGAACACCCACUCGAAUACCUGGACGAAGGCGCUGAUAUCUCUGAUAAUGAGGAGAGCGAGGAGGAGGUGGCAGGUGGAGAGGGAGAUAUCGAGGAGCACGUACAUGAGCCGUUCCACUCACAGAAUGGAGAAUACCCGCUCGGGUAUUUGGACGACUUCGAGAUUUCUAGAUUGGUAGAAGACGGAACGGCGGGUGAUGAAGGAGAUGAAGAGGACGGCUCCCUGGAGCAAAGGGAACCUGUUGACGAGGAGGACGAUGACAGCUAUGAGACCGCAUCGGAGCAUAGCGAACACGUAAUAUUUGAGGGCGAAGUUAAAGAGAACGACAACCCUGUCGCACUUGGUGGCCUCUCUCCCACUGACUGGGAGUACGUAGCUCCUCGAUACUCGUCGAGUGGUAGGCGUAUAACUCCUACUGCCCGAUACAUGGUUUCCGUGGAGCGCAAGGGCAAAGCGAAGAAUAUCCAAGCAGCCAUCGUGGAGGAAGGCGAGGACGAUGACGACCAAGAGUGGGAGAAGGCGCCGAAGAAAGGCAAAAGCAAAGGGAAGGGUAAGGCCUCGAGUGCCCCUUCGGCAGGGAUAGCUCGCUCCACAAGGAGCAGGAAGGGGGAUGGGGUACGAUUGAAGGCCGUGCUGGGCGAGUCUGUCCAACAGGCGACGAGAGAGCCAUGCCCUGCAACGCGCCCCACAAAUCGCGUCCCUGAGGCAAAUAAUGAUCUGAGUGGUUCGCGUCCGGCACAAAUCAUCCUUAAAGUCCCCAAUCGCAAGCGGAAGGCAGAUAACGAUCCCGAGGAUGUCUUAGAGGACGGACCAGAAGGUAACAUGGAGGAAGGCUCCGGGGACGAAGACCUCGACGGCGGUGUGCAGUCAGCCGAAGCUGAUGGCCCAGUCCGCCACGUCGUUUGCCAGUGGGAGGGUUGCCGAUUGCAUAUCCCGAUCACCAACACAAAAGAUUCCAGAAAAGACGUCAGGACGCACCUGGCGUCCCAUGAUGGAAGGCUCGGUGGGGAAGGCGACUCCGAGGACGCGGAAGGCUCGAAGAAGACUAGGAGGGCUACUUGCAAGGACACGGGGUUGUAUCGAUGCCUCUGGCAUGGAUGCUCUGUUCCUCCUAUGGCGCUGGGGAGCAUUGUGCGGCAUGUGACCUUCACUCAUUGCAAGGUCAAGUGUUUCUGCCCUAUCUGCGGAAAGGGCCUCUCCAGAAACGACGCGCGCAAGCGUCAUAUCAAAUCUCAGCAUCAGGACCCUCCGGAUGCGACAGCCCGAGACGGGCAACCAUCAGAACACGACCCACUUCUAGAGGCCAUUCCUCCAGAGCGCGAGACAGGUCGAGAUGCUUUAGACGAGCGUGUGGCUGGCCCUUCUCGUCUGUCGCAGCCGAAGAGAGGCUCCUCCAGACAGUCGAAGAGGGCGAGGAGACACUGA